AUGGAGCAGUUGAUGAAAUUGAAAUUAAGUGGUGACAUUCCGUGUUUGUCUUCGAUUCCUUUGGGGACAUUUCACAAUAACAAAUAUUACAUAGAUGACGAAUGUCUGACUCAUCUUGAAGAAAUUAACGUUAUGUUAAAGAGUGAAGAUCCCAACACUUGCCCACUCCGGCGUGCCAUCGGCUUCAUGGACAUUCUAAAUAAGGAUCUCAUUCCUAUUCUGACGAGCAGUAAGGAUCAGCCCGACAUAUUUUAUUCAACAAUAAAAUUGUUAGUUGAACUUACUACACCCGUCGAGUGCUUGGUCUCCGUCGAUCCUUCCAACCGCAUUAGUCCAUCGCAGCACAUUGCCAUUCACGAACUGACCCAGCUCCUCUACGGUGCUAAAGAAUCCUUUCUGGAUGGCAAAACAACUCAAGUUAUUCUCAAUCAUCUUCUCCAUUUAUCACAAAAACAAUCAUUGUCUAGCGACGAUUGUGAGUUGGUAAAUCAUUCCCUGUUGCUGAUACGCAAUAUCCUGCACGCUCCUGAACGCCCAUGUCAAAUAGCAGUAGGAGAAUGCCAAGUUUCAUCUACUAAUACCUCAGCACAGCAGCAGAAUCGAAUUCUUUGGAACUUGUACGCACAGGGACUGAGUCACCUCCUCAUCAACUUGCUCGGCUACGGUUCGCAGGCUACGGAAAAAUGGUCAGUGACGAUCGUGCAGCUGAUUUCGCUUUUCUAUAAAGAUAGACCCGUUGAAACUAUCCAGAACAUGUUGAGAGACGACAUCCAUUCGUCCGAGUCCUCAGAAGAUGAUGGCCAAAGUCAAUUCAAUCAAUCACGUCGAUCCAGUCAAGAAAGUAUAUCCAGCAGCGUCUUUCACUCGGACAGUUUCACCCCGCCGAAUGCGACGCCAAUAAUCACAUUUUCAGGAGAAAUGGACCAGCAAGAAACGGGAACAGUCGGCCAAUCGCUCUCAUCCGGUGAAAGAAACAACAGCCAAACAGAUAAAUCACGACACUCGUCUAGCGAACAAAGUACAUCCAGUGGUUUUCACUCUGAGGAUUCCGGAAUUCUAAAAUGCAACAAUCUCACCCUAAAGGAGCACGACGGUCAUAAAAAGAAAUCGUUUAAACGUCGUUGUCGUGACAACUCUCAAAAGGGCUGGAGUAAUAGAACCUUUCAUGUCGAGAUUGCAACCGAGCAUCCAGCCAAUCAUGUACCGCCCACGGACGAAUCAUUGGAAAAAAUGAAUUAUCUAUUACAAAGGAAUAUAAAAGGUGACACAAAAAUUAAGGAAAUUCCGGAAAAAGAGCAGAGCCGGAAGAAGUUAAUUGAAUGCAACGUGGAAAUGAAUCAAAGCUUUAAAUUAUUUCAAUAUCAACCAACAGAAAAAGAUAUUGCUCAGCUAGUGAAAGAAUUUACUGUCGAUUUCCUGCUCAACGGUAAUGACUUGAUUUCCAUUUUCUUUAAUUUAAAUUCAAAUAUUUUAAUUCUGAUAGGCUACAACACACUGGUGAAGCAACUACAUCAACAGUUACUCAAACAAGGUGAAACUUACCUGCUCUGGGACAAAUCUCAUUUUUUCUGGCUCAUCUGCUACUUUUUGCCCAUCGCUGCUCAAUUAGAAUUGAGUGUGGAACACUUGAAAGACGUCUUAACUAUUGAUCUCUUGUGCUAUCUGACGUGGGAAGCUGUUCACCAGACGGAAGAACUAGAAAUUUGCACGUUCCAACCGACAGUUGAUUUGAAGCCGUGCGUAAGGCGUCUACAUCUGAGCGUGACGGCCAUUCGUGAGUAUGUGCAAACGUUAGAAAGCUAUUUCCGUCUUGCUUCGGGGUCGAAUAGAAAUGAGCCAGGCCUCCUCACAGGCAGCGAAGAUUUAAUUAAUCGACUGAGUGGUUACGUGCCAGCCAUUCGGGACCUCCGUCAACUCUUUUUGCUCCAACUCCGUCAAUUCGAUCCGGUCGUUCAAAGCAGGCGCUAUCUACUCGAUGUCAUCGCGACCAAUCACAUCUUAUUGCUGACGCUCGAACGGUCCACUGGGCAAUCAUCACGCGGGAGUUUUAAUAUCAGCCAACACUUGACUCAAUUCUGUUCGGAAAUGAUAGUCGAUCGAUACGGCACGGUCCUCGAGGAUUUCAAGACCAACGGCCCGUUCGUCAACGAUUGCAUUUUGACGAUUUUGCAUCACAUCGCCGGCGAUUUGGGCCGGGCCGACCUUUUGUGCCGGCCCGUCAUUCUUCGCCCGUUCAGCAAAAUCUGGAAAGAGGAAUUCAAUAUGUGUGACGACUGGAAUGAUUUGAUUGAAUUGAUCAUUCAAAAAUCAAUGCGAGAAAUUCAGAAAAGCUCAAUCAAAGAGACAUUGCGCAGCAACCCAAAUGAACCGCUAGAGAUCAAAGUUUCCGUUUCCCAUUUGACAGAGACCCUCCCACUAAAAUAUUCGGAUGAGAAAACAAUAGAAGAAUCGACUGAAACAAAUCGAUUGUCGUACGAAGAUUUCAGAAACAACUGGACUGGAUUCAAUCUUCAUUGUUAUCGGCCUGUGCUGUUCGAUUGGGGAUCUACUCCGGCCAAGAAUUCCGCCACCCCAUCACUUCCCUGA